GAGAGAAGCAGGCCGGAGCGGGAGCCUGACGCCAUCCCUUCUUCCUCCUCUGUUCCCCGAUUCAGAUCUCACUUCGCUCCCCCCUCCCCGCCUCCGUCUCCCUGACCUCUCCCUCUCCAUCGGCGGCGGUGUUGGAGAGGGCGGCCGCGGCCAAUGGAGGCCAUCCGGAAGCAGGCCUCCAAGCUCCGGGAGCAGGUCGCCCGGCAGCAGCAGGCCGUCAUGAAGCAGUUCGGGGGAGGGUACGGCGCGGACGGCACGUUCGCGGACGAGGCCGAGGCGCAGCAGCACUCUAAGCUCGAGAAGCUCUACAUCUCCACGCGCGCCGCCAAGCAUUUCCAAAGGGAUAUAGUUCGCGGCGUGGAAGGCUACAUUGUCACUGGGUCGAAGCAAGUUGAAAUCGGUAAACAUCAGCAUUCCUAUUUCUCAACGGUAUAUGCGUGCAUAAGUGCACACCGAAAUUUGAAUUUUGGAAUGAGGGAUGUAAUGUGCUGGGUGUGUAUAGGGAACAAGUUAUGUGAGGACGGCAAGAAGUAUGGCACUGAGAACACUUGUACCAGUGGGAGCACGUUGUCGAAGGCGGCAUUAUGUUUCGCCAAGGCACGAUCCAUGAUGGAGAAGGAGCGGGGGAAUCUGCUGAAAGCCCUGGGCACCCAGGUGGCAGAACCGCUGAGGGCUAUGGUGAUGGGAGCUCCUUUGGAGGAUGCUCGCCACCUUGCCCAAAGAUAUGACAGAAUGCGCCAAGAAGCUGAAGCACAGGCUAUUGAAGUUUCAAAGCGCCAAAUGAAAUUGAGAGAGACAUCUGGGAAUGGUGAUAUGAUUUCAAGGCUAGAGGCAGCUGAGUCAAAGCUGCAAGAGUUGAAAUCAAAUAUGGGGGUUUUGGGCAAAGAAGCUGUUGCAGCAAUGACUGCUGUUGAAGCCCAACAGCAAAGGCUGACAUUGCAACGUCUUAUUGCAUUGGUUGAAUCUGAGAGAAAUUACCACCAAAGGGUCCUACAGAUUCUUGAUCAACUUGAAAGAGAGAUGGUAUCUGAGCGCCAAAGAAUUGAAGGAGCACCUCCUCCGGUGGUUGAGAGUUCCAUGCCACCGCCGCCUGCGUAUGAAGAAGUCAACGGUAUAUUCAUGAGGAAUCCAACAGUUGCAGAAUUGGUCGAGACUGUGGAGUACUUCUUGGCUGAGGCCAUCCAGUCAUAUCGGGCUGAGAGUGAAACCGAGCUCAACCUUUCAGCUGGUGACUACAUAGUGGUCCGAAAGGUGUCUAACAGUGGAUGGGCGGAAGGUGAAUGCAGGGGAAAAGCUGGCUGGUUUCCUUACGACUACAUCGAAAAACGGGAACGUGUGCUUGCAAGUAAAGUUGCCCAAGUCUUCUAGCCAUACAUAUGACCGGCGUUGUACAUUUUGUCAUGUUCUUUAACUUCAAAGACAGUUAUCAGACAAGAUCUGUAUUUUUGCUGAAACCUGCCCGUUGGAUGGUUUGUUCUUGCAUGCCCAUCUGCAUUGUUCAGAUUUACAGAGCAGGAAUUGCACACUAAUGUUUAUCUUCAAUUCUCUCUUCAAUUUAUACCCAUAUCUUCGUUUUUUUUCUUCAA